AAGUAACCUUCAAGAACCAAUGGCCACCAUAACGACCACAUGCCCGGGCCAUGAUGCGAACUGUGUAUCAACUUGCGAGUGUGUCAAUCAUGCCUACACACAACAGUCGCCUGGUACUAAGGCGGGGUGUCCACGGAUACACACAAUUCCGUUGUAACGGUUGAGUUUAGCAUGGAGAGAGACGGGUUAAGAUUAUCAUCCCAAACCAGUAACCACCAGCAUCAGCCGCGUGUCUGCUGCGUCCCAACUAGUACAUUCUCUGACUACAUCAACAUAAUUGACGGAUCCAUCAUGAUCAUCAAGCUCGGCCAAAUGGUAACAAUGUGUUCGCACGAAACUUGGGCUUUUUACUUUUCGAGCCAAUAUCUGCAGAUGGAAUAUUCAGUUGAUGAUAUAGCAACGGCCAGGAAUUUGCAAUUCUUAGUGUACAUUUACAUAUCAACGGCGACAUUCUGGACCUAUGAUUUUGUUUGUUCACUUCAAGAAGAGUGGACAUUCCUACUUCGAUCGCGCUGGACAAAGGUAAAAGGCAUUUAUGUCAUUGCACGAUAUGUCCCAUUUGUCAUUAUCAUCUUGGACCUAUGUCUGACCUUGGGUCAAAACAAGAAUCCCAAGGAAUGCCAGAUAUUGAGCAAUAUUUCCGCAUUUUUCGCAGUGAUAUCAAUCACUUUCUCUGAAUGCUUUUUUAUUCUCAGAAUAUACGCACUCUGGAACAACAACAGAAUCGUACUCGUUACCAUGCUGUCCGCUCUUUUCCCAUCGUAUCAUCUAUCGGCAUUAUGCUUGUCAUUGGUGCUCCCUCUGAUGUCACGACCGGCGUGAUCCCAGGCAUCCAAGGCUGCUCCUGGAGCUCACACGACGUUCGAUUAUUCUUGCCUUUCAUUCUCUUGUUUGUGUUUCAACUGGGACUAGUC